AUGCUCUCAGCUCUUUUGCUUUGCUGUCUUGCGACAGUGUUAGCCGUCAAUCCAUUAGUCCACCUCGACUACGCGUCUUACAAAGGGACAGCUCUUCCGAACGGGGUCACUCAAUGGCUCGGGAUGCGAUAUGCCGCGCCGCCGACGCGAAGUUUGAGGUUUGCUGCUCCCCAAGAUCCUCCGGGCGUCGGUAGUAUCCAAGUAGCUGACAAGCACGGCGGUAUCUGUAUUGGAACGGGCAGCAACGCUCACGACCCAAGAUUCUCCGAAGACUGUCUAUUCCUCGACGUCUAUGCUCCGAGUCACGUAACCGACACAUCGAAACUACCGGUCUAUUUCUUCAUCCAAGGUGGUGGCUUCAACUUCAAUUCAAAUGCAAAUUACAACGGCAGCAGCUUGAUCACCGCGUCUGGCCAUGGGCUCAUCGUCGUGACCUUUAAUUACCGGGUUGGCCCAUACGGGUUCCUUGCAAGCCGCGAGAUCGAAGACUCCGCAUCUGCCAGCGUAAACAACGGGCUAAAGGACCAACGCAAAGCACUUGAAUGGGUGCAGAAGUACAUUUCUCAGUUCGGCGGAGAUCCAAAGCAUGUUGUGCUCGGUGGAGAUUCCGCGGGCGCCGCAUCCGUCGCCUACCAUUUAACCGCAUACGGUGGUCGAGACGACGGAUUAUUUGUCGCUGCUGCUGCCGAAUCGGUGAGCUUCGCGCCCAUCCUAACCGUCCAGGAAAGUCAAUAUCAAUAUGACAACUUUGUGAAACGUCUGGGCUGUGGGCCUCGCACCACAAGUCAAGAUUCAACCAUGAAGGAUGACACCCUAUCGUGUCUGCGGUCCAAGAGCACGGCAGAACUCCAGGCGCAGAACAACAACGUGCCUUAUCCAGGUGCCCGACACCCACCACUUUACAUGUGGAACCCAGUCCUCGACAAUGAGAUGAUUCAAAACUACACCUACGUAGCCUUUGAUAAUGGCGACUUUAUCCGCAUCCCUGUCUUGUUCGGCGACGACACCAACGGAGGAACGGUUUUCACUCCUCGAAGUACAUCCAGCCUUGCUCAAUCCAACACAUUCCUCCACGAUCAAUUCCCCAACUUGACUUUCGAACAGCUUCAACAAAUCAAUCAACUCUAUCCAAACAAAGGCCCACAAUUCCCCAACUCUGGCUCAUGGUGGAGACAAGUCUCCAACGUGUACGGGGACAUGAGGUACAUGUGCCCGAACCUGUUCAUCUCGUCUGCUUACUCCCGCUACGGCGUCCAAGGAAAUUGGAACUAUUGGUAUAAUGUGCACGACGCUGCUCAGGUCCGUCAAGGGCUGGGUGUGCCGCACACGGUCGAGCUCUCUGCGAUCUGGGGCCCCGAAAACACGAACGGCGCAGCCCCCCCGAGUUAUCGACAAGGAGGACCGAAUGCUUGGAUCGUGCCGCUAAUGCAGAGUUACUGGAUCAGCUUCAUUCGGACACUCGAUCCUAACCCUUUCAGGAUGCAAAGCGCCCCGGUAUGGCAAGAGUUCAUAGCCCCCAAUGAGGAAGGCAGUGCCGGUACCGGUGACUGGAUGAGAAUGCUCUUCGAUACGGCACAGACAUCGAGCAUGGUGGAGGUUAGCACGUCGGUCAGGAAGAGGUGCCAUUACCUCAACUCCAUCGGCUUGGCUCUCAAACAGUAG